CGGCUCUCCUUGUUUUCCCGAGGUUAUAUAUAGCUGGCGCUGAGCCUCCUGCCUCUGCUUCCCCUAACUCCAGCAAUCAUGGCGAUGUUCAGUUGCUGUAGGAUCCUUUCCACAACCGCGCAUCACCCGGGUUUGGCCGUGCUCUCCGCCCGAGCCAGUUCUGUGUGGUCACAUGUGGAAAUGGGACCCCCUGAUCCCAUCCUUGGGGUUACCGAAGCUUUCAAGCGAGACAGCAAUCCCAAGAAAAUGAACUUGGGCGUUGGUGCGUAUCGUGAUGACAAUGGCAAGCCAUACGUGUUGAACGCUGUCAGAAAGGCUGAGACUCAAAUUGCAGCAAAGAAAAUGGACAAGGAAUAUCUCCCUAUUGGUGGCCUAGCAGACUUUAACAAGGCCUGUGCUGAGCUGGCUCUAGGAGACAACAGUGAAGUGAUCAAGAGUGGAAGGUAUAUCACUGUACAGACCAUUUCUGGAACUGGAUCACUGAGGAUUGGUGCCAACUUUCUGCAACGGUUCUACAAGAACAGCCGAGAGGUCUAUCUGCCCAAACCAUCCUGGGGCAACCACACACCUAUUUUCAGGGAUGCUGGUUUGGAAGUCAAAGGUUACCGCUAUUAUGAUCCGAAGACUUGUGGUUUUGACUUUGCAGGAGCACUAGAGGACAUUUCGAAAAUUCCAGAGCAGGCCAUCAUCCUGUUUCACGCCUGCGCCCACAACCCCACAGGAGUAGACCCGAGAUCCGAGCAGUGGAAGGAGCUGGCCGCUAUGGUCAAGAAAAGAAAUCUCUUCCCAUUCUUUGACAUGGCUUAUCAAGGUUUUGCAAGUGGAGAUGCUGACAGAGAUGCCUGGGCUGUGCGCUUCUUCCUUGAACAAGGCAUUAACUUGGUUCUGUCACAGUCCUAUGCUAAGAACAUGGGCCUCUAUGGCGAGCGUGUUGGCGGAUUCACAGUAAUCUGCAGUGACCCCGAUGAGGCAAAGCGGGUGGAAUCGCAGCUGAAGAUCCUGAUCCGCCCCAUGUAUUCUAACCCGCCGCUAAAUGGAGCUCGUAUUGCCGCCACCAUCAUGAACACGGCAGAGCUCCGAAAAGAAUGGCUAGAGGAGGUAAAGGGAAUGGCAAACCGUAUCAUCAGUAUGAGAGAGCAGCUGGUGUCAAACCUGAAGAAAGAAGGUUCAAUCCAUAACUGGCAGCACAUCACCGACCAGAUUGGGAUGUUUUGUUUCACAGGACUCAAACCAGAACAGGUAGAGCGUCUGACAAAGGAAUUCUCCGUCUACAUGACCAAGGAUGGUCGAAUCUCUGUCGCUGGAGUCACUUCUGCCAAUGUGGGAUACCUCGCACAUGCCAUCCACAAAGUCUCCAAAUAAACCCCCCAAGAAAGGGGGAAGACCCGAGGAAGGAGAAACUCAGCUUCCAACCACAGCCAGGGACAGGAAUAUUUGUACAGAAUGUAGCAGUGAGAUACUAUAGUUUGUUACUAUGUGAUGGAUGUUAAUUAUAAAAACGUCCAGUCUGAGGAUGGGGGAGAAAACCCUUCCAUCUUUUGGGGAGUUUAAGUUAUCAGAAUACAUAAAGUCGGCCACUGAAGUACCAACUCCUAUCAGUAACUGCAGCUCAGAUUUCUCGCUGCAUCCGAGAAAAAUUAAAUUUUUCACACUGUCUAAAGUCUGCUUUUUAAAUUAAGUGUGGCUGUCUGAAAUAUCUGCUUCCUACUCUUCCUUGAAGGUUUGGGCUUGUACAACAGGAAGGGUUAAGAUUUCCCAUGCUACUUUUCUACACCAAGCCCCUGCACUCUGGGAAAUUUCCAGCACUCCUUUCUAUCCUUGUCAUAUUUUCUUUCCCACAGCCCUCAGAGUGAAUUGAUUAUCCAAAUGUUUGCAUUUGCCCUGCAUUAAUUGUGUUGUUGUGCUCGCAUUUUGCAUGUUACAAACUUAGAUGCUGUCAGCAGUGAGUACUGUCUUCCUUCACCUUACUUCGUUACAGUGUGCUUUAUCAGUGGAAAGUUCAGAUGCUCUAAGCAGUAAAUACUGUGUUAAGUAGAGGCAAAGGUCACAUGCCUAGAAUCCAUUAUACUCUUGAGGCUGGUUGCUUAGCUUCGCAUUUGUUGUUAAAUUGAUAUAAGUCAGCAAUUGGUCAGAAAGAAACGUUUGUCAUUCAGUUUGGCCUGGGAAUCUUGUGAUCAUGCGCAAUGAGGGUCGUAGUCUGGAACUGCAACAGAUUUAUUAUGGUAAGACAGGAGUCUUGUGUCGUGCAUUGAUUUUAUUUAGCAAGUUGUGGGUGAGGGUUACAGUUGGCUUAAGUGUCGUGUUCGCCAUUGCACUUUUUAAAAUGUUUGACCCCAUAUUUGUCAAGAGGCAACGCAGUCACAGGCAGUAGUAGAAUGUCAAAGAGCUGUUCCAGCCAGAUGUUACAAGGCUGUGGUAGAAAGCUUAGGUUUGCUGCAGGUUGUUAAAUCUGUUUAAAAACUAUAAUCUAGGGUCUUACAAACCUGUACUCAGUGGUUCAAUAAAAUGAUUACUUAAAUUAA